AUGGUUGGCGGGUUGUUGUUCUACUGUUGGUCGUUCAGUCUGCUGCGACUCUCUUCUUCCCUAGUUCAUGGAAACAUCCAACUGGACGAGGGUCCAAUUCCAGGACGCCGAACUGAUACAUCCUACUUGUCUGACAUCGAGAGAAGCCACAUCCCCAGCUCUGUGCAAGACCCUGCCCUCCUACCUGUAGACUUAGAGGAAGAUGGUUUCCUGUUGGAGGCGGGUGCCAAUAGUGAGGAUCCGUCUGGGGUGUUGCAGCUGCAGGGUCGUGCUGUGCGCUCACCUCGCCGCUGCAUCCCUCAUCAGCAGUUCUGUUUGGGCUACUCGCUGCCCUGCUGCGACCCCUGCGACACCUGCUACUGCCGCUUCUACAAUGCUAUCUGCUACUGCCGUCCAGUUGGCCAUACCUGCCCACCCAGGCGCACCUGA